CUUCCCAGAGAGCCGGCCAUCGUCACAUGAUAACCGUGAGGAGGAUGCUGCAGCAGGCCCUCAGAGUGUCCGGCCGCAGCGCCUCCCCUCGGCUGAGGUGGAUGGACAGGUGGGCCGAGCCGCAGGCCCUGAGGCCGCUGGACCACAUGCCCGGACCGUCGGUCGCCAGCUUCGCCUGGGACCUGUUCGCCAGGAGGGGGCUGUCACGGCUGCACCAGUUACAGCUGGAAGGACUGCAGCGGUAUGGACCCAUGUGGAAGGCCAGCUUCGGUCCCAUCCUGACAGUUCAUGUGGCUGAUCCAGCGCUCAUUGAGCAGGUACUGAGGCAGGAGGGCCAGCACCCUAUGCGCUCUGACCUUUCCUCCUGGAAGGACUACAGGAAGCUCAGAGGACAUCACUAUGGACUACUGACAUCUGAGGGGGAGGAGUGGCAGUCGGUGAGGAGUCUCCUGGGGAAGCACAUGCUGCCACCAAAAGCAGUGGAAGCUUACGAUAAAACCCUGAACGGUGUGGUCAGUGACCUCAUUGCCAAACUUCGCCUUUGCAGACGAUCUCAGGGCCUCGUCACUGACAUCGCCAGCGAGUUCUAUCGCUUUGGCCUUGAGGGCAUUUCCUCAGUGUUGUUUGAGUCCAGAAUCGGUUGCCUGGAUGAAGUCGUGCCAGAAGAGACCGAGCGUUUCAUCCAGUCGAUCAACACCAUGUUUGUCAUGACGCUUCUCACAAUGGCCAUGCCGAAGUGGUUGCACCAGCUUUUUCCAAAACCCUGGAACAUCUUCUGUCAGUGCUGGGACUACAUGUUUGACUUUGCAAAAGGUCACAUUGACCAGCGUCUGACGGCCGAAGCAGAGAAGGUUGCCCGUGGAGAGGAGGUGGAGGGCCGUUACCUCACCUACUUCCUGUCGCGGACUGGUCUGCCCAUAAAGACUGUCUACAGCAACGUCACUGAGCUGCUUCUCGCAGGAGUCGACACAAUCUCCAGCACCAUGUCCUGGUCAUUGUACGAGCUGUCCCGUCACCCCGAGGUGCAGGCAGCGCUCCGGGACGAGGUGUUGAGGGUGCUGGAGGGUCGAAGCAUACCGGAGGCAGCAGAUGUGGCCCGCAUGCCUCUCCUGAAGGCCACAGUCAAAGAAGUGCUCAGGUUGUACCCAGUUAUUCCUGCCAAUGCAAGAGUCAUCACAGAGAGAGACAUCCAGGUUGGAGGCUACCUCAUCCCUAAAAAUACUCUGAUUACCCUGUGCCACUUUGCAACAUCGCGGGAUCCAGCGGUGUUUACAAAGCCAGAUGAAUUCCAGCCACAUCGAUGGUUGAACAAGGACCAGACUCACCACCCGUAUGCCUCUGUUCCAUUUGGGGUGGGAAAACGCAGCUGCAUAGGUCGUCGUAUCGCUGAGCUGGAACUCUACCUUGCUCUUACCAGGAUUCUCAUAGAGUUCGAUGUGAAGCCGGACCCAGAAGGGAUUUCCGUGAAGCCCAUGACAAGGACACUUCUGGUUCCUGAAAAUGUCAUUAGCCUCCAGUUUAUUGAACGAUGACCCACUAUCCUCUGCUGAUCAGUUACGUGAACGAGAACGUGGGUUUCUUCACAGUAGAGAGUGCUGGCAGACAGAGUUAUCACAGCAGCCGUGAGUCUGUUGUGCGCCGUUAGAGC